AUGAAGCUCAAAGAAAUCCACAGAACCUCAACAUUUGCAUGGUCUCCAUCGGCAUCUCUUCCGUUGCUGGCCACCGGAACAGUCGCGGGUGCUCUUGACGAAUCAUUCAGCAACGAAAGUCAGCUCGAAAUAUGGGCUCCUAACUUCCUUGACAAAGACGAGUAUGAUCUCGGUGGAGAAGGCCAGCAUGGGCCUCGAGGAUCAGUGCGGGAUACAGCAAGAUUCAAUCGUCUGGCUUGGGGUCAUGUCGAUAGCAGCCGUCCGCGCGGUGUGAUUGCAGCGGGUUUGGAGAAUGGAGAGCUCGCUUUGUGGGAUCCCUCAAAGAUACUGGCCGGCGCCGACCCCACGGAAUCGCUCAUUCUUCGAAACACAACUCACACCGGUCCUGUGCGUGGCCUCGAUUUUAACCCUAUUCAGACAAAUUUACUGGCAUCCGGUGGUGUUGCUGGCGAGAUCUACAUAUGGGAUUUGAAAGAUCCUAGCAAGCCGUAUACCCCCACGCCAGGCUCACGAAGCACGAAACUUGAUGAAAUCACAUCUGUUGCAUGGAACCAGCAGGUGCAGUACGUGCUUGCUGGUGCUAGUAGUACCGGAUAUACCGUUGUGUGGGAUCUGCGAGGAAAGCGUGAGGUCGUUGCACUCGCUUAUGGAGGUGGUGCGGGGACACUUUCCGGGCAGGUAGGAAGUGGAAUGGCAGUGGGUGGAAGGCGAGGCAUGAGUGACAUUGCAUGGCAUCCUGAUAACGCUACCCGAGUAGUAACGGCGUCUGAGGAUGACUCCUCGCCGAUUAUCAUGGUGUGGGAUCUUCGUAACGCCCGUGCACCGGAAAAGAUCCUCACAGGUCACGAGAAAGGUGUUCUGUCUCUCUCAUGGUGCCGUCAAGAUGCGGAUCUUCUUCUAUCUUGCGGGAAAGACAAUCGUGCCCUCUGUUGGAAUCCACAAACGUCUGAGAUUAUCGGAGAGCUCCCUUCUGCGGACAAUUGGGCGUUCCAAGUCGAUUGGUGUCCUCGAAACCCGGACAUGCUCGCCACUGCAUUCUUCGAUGGUACCGUCGGCAUUCACUCCAUCCAAUCCACAAACGAAGCCGCCGACGCAGCCACGGCCGCACCUCAGCAAUCACACGGAGCAGACAUUUUUGAUGCCCCAGGCUUUGCUCGAUCUUCCACUGGCGGAACUCUCUCCCUCAAGCAACCUCCCAAGUGGCUCCGCCGCCCUGCCUCUAGCUCAUUCGGGUUUGGAGGCCAGCUGGUCACAGUUUCCAAUCUCCCAUCUGCCCAGGGAAAAAAUCAGAGCAGCGCCAUCCAUAUCCGCAAAGUCGUUACCGAGCAAGAUUUAGUCGAGCGGGCGACCCACCUCCAAGCUGCUAUAAAUGAUGAGUCUCUGAAAUCAUUUGCGGAGGAAAGGAUCAAGGAAGUUGAUACUGCGACUACGGGGGGUGAAGGUUGGAAAGCGUUGUUGAGUCUGUACAAGGCGAACUCGAGGGAUGAGCUUGUUACCCUUUUGGGGUUCUCGAAGGAAGAGAUUGCUGCUCGUGUUGCGGAGGCUGUGGAGAAUUUGAAGGCUUCUUCGGAGUCUAAGUUGUCAUUGGAGUCGCAGCAGGAAGAGGACGAUAUCAUUGAUGAGACUCCUCGUGGGCCGAUCGUGUCUUUUGCGGAGCCUGAGCAUCAGGAAGCGCCCUCGGAGAGUAGCGACGCCGGUGAUGACUCGCAGCCGCCUUCAGAAGUCAGCGCUGGAGUCACGUCCGAUAAUGCCAGGGAUGGAGAGUCUACCACCACCGUACCCAGUCUCUUCGAGGACGAUAUCGGCCCAGGGACACCUCAGUUUGAUGCUGGUGAUGACUUUUUCGCCACUGUUGGCGUUGCACAAGACGAUGGAGAAUCCCAGCAGAUCCGUAUUCCUCACACGAACUAUGGCCUCGACUCUUCAGUUGCUGCUACUAUUGGCUCAGGCCCUUCCUCCGUCACCUCUGAGACCUUGAAGAGUAACACCUUUAGGAUUUACCCAGCUGAUGAGUCGGAGGUUGAUCGCUUAGUCACCAAGGCCGUUGUGUUGGGUGAUUUCGAGUCUGCUGUGUCCCUUUGCCUUUCUACGGACCGAUUUGCCGAUGCAAUCCUUCUCGCCGUUCGUGGAGGCCAAGAACUUCUCCAACGCACUCAGAAAGCAUACUUUGAACGUCGUGCUUCUUCCCUGCCCUAUCUCCGUCUCUUCCAAUCCAUCUUCACCAACGAUCUUUCUGACAUUGUGCAGAAUGCGGAUUUGCAGGAGUGGCAGGAGAUCUUUGUCGUUCUUUGCACGUUUGCUAGCCGGGAAGAGUUCCCUGGGCUUGCUGAGCAGCUUGGUAGCCGCCUUGAGUUCCAGUUUACCAUCGCGAAGUCUUCGAAUAAUCCUGAGAUUGUAGCUGAUGCUAUUCCUUAUCGCAAGAAUGCGACCCUCACAUACCUCGCUGCAUCCCGUCUCGAACGACUGGUCAACAUCUGGGCGGAGGAGCUUUUGGAGGAAGAAAAGGGUCUGGUAGCGGAAGAGAGGAGCAACUCGUAUUACUCUGCUCAUGCUCAUUCGUUGCAGACCUUCGUGGAGAAGGUUACUGUAUUCCGCUCUGCUACCAAGUACAAGGACGAAGAUCUCACGCAAACAAGCGUAGGCGUGGACGAAUCCGUCAAGAUCUACAAACUUGCGCAGUUGUAUGAUCGCUACUUUGAGUAUGCGAAUCUCUUGUCCUCGCAGGGGCUUGUUAAGGAGGCGGUAGCUUUCUUGAAACUCACCCCUCCGGGAUACAAGGGGUCAUCCAGUGGGACGGACUUGAGUGCCGAACGAGAUCGAUUGAUCGCUGCUACCGGGGGCGGAGAGCCUAAGCCAGCACCCGCACAAAACACUCCUGCUCCUUCAGUUCCCGCUACCACGAGGGCACCUUAUGCUUAUCCUUCAGUGCCCGCCGUACCCGUGGUAUCGACUCAACCAGCUGCCGUGCCGCAACCUACUGCCUAUCCAUCGUAUCAGCUGUCGGUUCCAGCGGUUGGCCCAUAUGCCCCUGCCCAGCAGCACCAAACGUCCUACAUCCCGCAAAACUACACGAACGCGCCAUACAAUCCUCAAGUUUCGUUGACGCAGCCUCCUCAUCUCAGGCAACAACCUCAACCAGCUCCUACUAUUCCCCCUCCUCCCCGUGCUACGAAUGGGGCGACUGGGCCUCCGCCACCACCAAAGAAGGAUAACGGAGGUUGGAAUGAUGCACCAUCGGUUGUUGGUCCGGCACGAACACCUGCGGCUUUGAACCUAAACAAACCCGCUGCUAUCACGUCGCCUUUCCCCAACGCAACUCAGUCUCCUAUGUAUUCACCUCAAGGGUCACCGUAUAUGACUCAGGGUCAGGCUUCGACCGCUCUUCCUCCCCCUCCUCGACCUGGAAGCGUUCAGGCUCAAGCUCGCGUGCCUCCACCGCCUCAAGGGCAGCGAAUCCAUCCUGGUGGCGCGUACCCUCCUCAAGGCAGACCUCCCUCACGUACGGCUGGCCCUCCUGGACCAGUGGCACCCCCAAAUCGAAUGAUGUCUCCUCAACAGAGCCACGGUCAACCAUCCCAAAGACAACCCACCCCAAGCCAGUAUGCACCUCCUCCUCGAGGACCCGUCCCAGGCCAAACCCCACCUCCCGGCCAAUUCGGACGCUUGCCUCCUCAAGGUGGUCAACCGCACGCUCAACCAUCACACGGCCCCAACCCGUAUGUCAGAGCCACACCUCCACCUCCAGGACCCUAUGCCCCUGGGCCCACGAGUAUCCCACCACCACAUCAACAGCAGCCCCCGCAGCCCGGCCCGUAUGGUCCUCCACAAGGAAUGCAGCGAGGUGUCCCGAUUCAACAGCAGCAGCAGCCACCCCCUCAGCAGCGUGGAGGUCCUCCAGACGGACCAGCUGCACCUCCUCGCGCUCCUUCAACGAAUCCACCGGCCCGGGUACCUGCGGGCCCUCCCCCACCAAAAUAUCCUCCUGGUGAUCGCAGCCAUAUCCCAGACUGGGCAAGCCCUGUGUACACUAUCAUCUCCGAGCACCUUAAUCGGAUGAGGCAGACGACUCCGGCAAACCAAAAACGACUUGUCGAUGACCUUGAGCGUAGAAUCAACCCCCUCUUUGACGCCUUGAACUGUGAAACGCUCUCAAAACCCGUUGUGGAACAAUUGGUCUCGCUGACGCGAGCUAUGGAGGCUCGUGACCGUCCAGCUGCGCUGGCGAUUCAUGUUGAUCUCCUUACUCGCGGAUCGCAGACGGAUGAUAUUGGUCUUUGGAUGUCGGGGAUUAAGCAGUUGAUCAUGCGGUUGUAGGUAGAAUUAGAUAUACGUUGUGGUUUCUUUCGUUUGAAAUGAAUUAUUGACU